AGAAGCAAACUUUUCAUGACUAUGAAAAUGAAAAUUAUCUUUCAGUAGAUGCAAUAUUAAUUAAUGAAGAAAAAAUUGUUAAAGGUUACGUCGUCAAUAAAAACAAUGUAAAAAAAAAACUAAGAGACAUAAUGUUACUUAUUAAUAAUGAUUACACCAUAUGUUUAGCACGGAUCGUGGAUCACUUAAGGCGAAUGAUUAAUCAAUGUUUAAAGAUUAUAUUUCAUAAAAGAGAAAAUUCAUUCCAUUGUGUUAAUUUAUUAAGAACAAGUGUUGAAAAUUCUGAACAAGUUAUAACACUUUUUAUCCAUGCAAUAAUUUUCCUAAAGAGUUUAUUGAACGUCGAAACAAAACCAUUUAUUUUAAUAGAAUUACAAAUGUUUAUUACAAGGUUCAGCGAAGCAAAGUAUGAAAUCUUAUCUUCAAAGUAUGAAGAAGAAUAUGUAUAUUUACGAAAAAUUGAUACUGAGUCUUUAAUCUAUGAUGACAAAAAUUAUACGUUGUAUGAAAUACUCAAAAAUUAUAAUAUUUCUAUAGAGAAUUUUUUAGAUAACAAUGAUCAAUGUUAUCAAAGAUUUUUAAAUGAAAGAAAUACGACGAGAGAAAUGAAAAAAGCAAGUGGAACGUUUUAUCACAGUUCACUGUGUAUGACUAUUUAAGCAAGAGUUCGUUUUUUGCGCCUGACCUAUUAUUAAAUAAAGAAAAUUAUUGUAAAAGUAACAUCGUCAAUAAAAAAAAUGUUAACCAAAAAUUUAGAGAAACAAUGUUGCUUAUUAAUAAUGAGUACACCAUAAGCUUAGCAUGGAUCGUGAAUCACAUAAGAUACAUUGCUGAUAAUUGUAUUUUGAAAAAAUUGCGGUUUACUUCAGAUGAUCACACGCAUUGUGUGAGCUUAUUAUUACCAAAUAUUAAGGCUUCAAAAAAACUUAUUACACGUUUUAUUAGUGCAUUAAAUUUCCUAAUGAAUUUGUUAAAUAUCAAAACCAACCCAUUUAUUUUAAAUGAAUUAAUAAAAUUUAUUGGUUUGAUAAGCAGAGAUAAAAGUGAAAAUGACAAUGAAUAUGUAGACAAAAUUAAUAGUAAGUUCAAUGAAGAGUAUGUAGGAAAUGAUAGUAAGUUGAUCAAUAUACUUCGAUAUUAUCACAUUGAUCUAUAUUAUACUGGUGUAAGUUAUAAUGAUAACGCUCGUAUUUUAUAUAAAAAUAAUAAUAAUUUACCCGAUACCUUCGAAAUGUAUGAAUUUGUAGAAGUUAACUUAAGAAAAGGAAUUCAAAAUAAGAACAAAAAAUUGUAUACUAAUCUGGGAUUUUUUUAUGAUGAAGUAAAAAAUGAAACUUCUUAUAUUCAUGAAUGGGACAUCGAAAAGAGAAAAAAAGGCUUAUUUUGUUUUUAACUGUUAAAUUGUUAAAGUCACUGUGUCUCUAACAAACGAUUUCUAUUAUAUGUGAAUAUGUGCUUUCAUUUUUUUAAAUUUUUAAUAGAUUAAACAUUAUUAAUUUUUUUCUUUUAUC